AAAACUGGCAGCUGUGUUUUGUAUUUUCUUUUCUUACGUUUGACAUUUAAAAUGUAAAUAAACAAUUCCACACGUUUUUAGCCCUCGAUAAAUAUUUAAUUCGCGGUGCGCUGUAAAAGCUAGCUUGUCGCCAAAAUAGUUAAAAAUUCUACACCUGAAAAUGACUAAGGACUACAUCUCGCGUAAAUUGGAGCGUAAACAACGGCGGUGUGAGGCAAUAAUCCGCGCCGACUGUGGGAUUGAUAAUAGUGAAUCGCCCACACGCUUUCUUGCUAUUUUGAACGCCGGUCUCUCCACGGGACUCACGGAAGAAGCUAUGCUUUAUGCCACCCUUCAACAUGGCUCCGUUCAACAGGUGCUAAUGUUGCCUAAUAAAUCAUACUGCUUUCUAGAAUGCAGCAAUGUGAAUGAAGCGGAGCAAAUCUACAACAAUUUACAUGGCAAAUCCAAUUUGGAGCAACGUGGAGGAGUUAUAUAUUUGUCAUUCGUUAAAAGCUUGCCUGCAUGCACUGAGGAAAAUGUGUGGUCUAAGCCAUUGCCGGACGGUUUGGUAUUAUUGCCAGAUUUUGUGACUGAAUCUGAAGAAGAAAUCUUGCUCAAGGCUAUUGCGACAGAAGAAACUAAAGAAGAGAGUGAUUUGAAACAUCGGCGUGUUAAACAUUUUGGAUAUGAAUUUAUUUAUGGCGAAAAUAACGUAGACCCAACUAAACCAUUAAAUGUAAAUAUCCCUAAAGAUUGCGAAUUUCUAUGGUCGCGUUUGAAAUCGGAGGUGGCUAUGCUAGGUUUACCAGCAUGGGAUUGGGAGGCGCCAGAACAAUUGACUGUUAAUAUUUAUCAACCUGGACAAGGUAUUCCACCACAUGUGGAUACACACAGCGCAUUUCUUGAGCCAAUACUUUCUUUAUCGCUAUGUAGUGAUGUAGUUAUGGAUUUUCGGCGCGGCAUUGAUCGGCGCCCGCUCAAAUUGUUACGCCGCUCAAUGCUGGUGAUGUCUGGUGCAUCACGAUACGACUGGACACAUGGCAUUACUCCGCGCACUUUGGAUGUCGUGCCUACUGAAAGCGGUUUAACAGUGACGAAGCGGAGCCAACGCAUCUCUCUCACAUUCCGACGACUGCGGCGAGGUCCAUGCGACUGUGCAUUUCCAACGCUGUGUGAUACACGCUUGAAUGUACGCAACGACACAAACCCAGUCAUAUCAGACGCAGUAGCUGUACGAUUAGAAGAGUUAAACGUACACAGCGUUUAUGAGCGUAUAGCGCCUCAUUUCAGCGAAACCCGCCAUACUCCUUGGCCGCGUGUGACCGAGUUUCUUCGAAGCUUUCCAACAGGAUCCAUACUGCUCGAUAUUGGCUGUGGUAAUGGAAAAUAUCUACAAUGCAAUAGCAAUGCCUUAACUAUUGGUUGCGAUCGCAGUGGUGGCUUGCUUACUGCGUGCCUUGAACGGGCUAAAGUCUCCAAUAAAAACCAUGCCGCUUUCCCAAACGCUUUUCGCUGUGAUUGCUUACAGGUGCCCGUACGCACACAAUCGAUCGAUGGUUGCAUCAGCAUUGCAGUGAUACACCAUUUGGCUUCCGCAGAACGCCGUUUAGCCGCUGUGUUAGAAAUGACGCGAGUGCUGCGUCCAGGUGGACGUGCACUCAUAUAUGUUUGGGCUAAAGAUCAACGUGUCAAUAAUAAUAAAUCUGCAUAUCUAUUGCAGAAUAAAGCGGUGAACAAAAACAAAGUCACUGUAGAGCAACAGCGACAGCGUGCGACAGCGGAGUUGCAGCGGCAACAACACGAACAAAAGCUGGAAGAGUUGGUGCCUGGCGCACCACAACUGCCCGUACACACAAAUCGCACCGAUUUUAUGCAACAAGAUGUGCUCGUACCUUGGAAGUUAAAAACUGGACAAGAUGCGGGAAAGAGAAAUGCAGAUGAUCAGCAAAGAACUGCGCAAGCAAGUACCUACCUGCGUUACUACCAUGUCUUUGAGGCAGGCGAGCUGGAGGCAAUGUUAGCGCAAGUGCCAGAGGUCGAACUACUUCAAAGCUACUAUGAUCAAGGCAACCAUUGUGCGAUUUUCGCGAAGCGGUGAAAGCGAAAUCAAACAUUUAAAUAUAUGUAUUUUAUUUUUUUAGUUAAAAUUUAAUUCCCAUUUAUUAUAUGAUAUUUGUUAUCUACUAUCCCCUUGGAGGGGCGCUGAAUUCUAUGUACAUAAAUAUUACUAUUCCAUAAGCAAAAAUAAUUAUAAUUAAUCAAUAAACAUCUAGA